AUCUGGACGCCCGUUCCAACUUACAUACAAAUUCAACUUAAGAACAAACCUACAGUCCCUAUCUUGUAUGUAACCCGGGGACUGCCUGUACUCCCAAAGUGAAGUCAAUGAAGCUAAAUUACUCUGAUUUGCUCACCUUCUUCUUAGUGUGUAAGCCAGGAACUCUGGGGUUGUUUUUGAAAGAUGAAUGCCAAAUGUACUGGGGCUAACCCUGGGCCUCUCAUGGUGCCAGUGUUGAGGUGUUUUAGUGCUUUUGUAUCUGUAUAAUAAGGUUGUAGUCCAGAUUUCUUUGCCUGAGUACACUAGUUAUCUACAAGUCACAGCUUUUCUGUCCAUUACUGGUUACAAAUAGAACCAAUCUUUGUUUUUUAGUCAGUUGAUGCAUAAAUACUGAAUUUUUCAGGUAUAUGUAUCCAAAGUAAUAAAUUUUUGAGUAGCUAACACAGCAGCAUCUGAAUGGCUAUUUUGCUGCUGUACCAUUCCAGGUGCACACUGGGGCUUCCUUAGUGUUUACAGAAUGUGUUACACAUUUUAUUCCUGCCAGAGCUGUCUUGCCACUGAAUGGUGCAGUAAAUUAUUUAGUAUUUGGCAAGUACUUUAAAAAAUGGAUUUGUCAUACCCUUAAUUACUACUGGCUUUUUAAACACUACAGAAACAUCAGUGAUUUUUUUGCCAAAUUGGAGAGGGGAAGAGGGGAAUCCUAAUGUGUGGGUUUUUUUUUUGUUUUUGUUUUUUUUUACUUGAUGAGGUGAAACACUGAGUCUGUGAAGGAGGAUGAGUUCUCAGGUGGUACUCUUUGCGUUCUUUUUUGUUGUUGUUAUUUAUGGCCUAAAACUAAUCUCCUUUUGAUGUUUUUAUUAUUCAGAGCUCUGUGUUAUGCAGCACUAUGUUAUUAAAUAAGGCACAGUUGUUGUCUGUUUUAAUAAUGUGAUAGAGCUUUGGAAUAGAAAGAUAUGAUUGUGUCAGGAUAGAAAAUUUGCAAUCCUGUCACAGAUUUGUGUUUUUAUAUUUGUAAAUGGAGAAGCUAGACGAAAACACAAAAAUGCGUCUUCCCUAAGCAGACUAGAAUGCUUUAAAUAGCUGUCUGUAGUGCUGUAUAUGUGGGUGUGUCUAACUUAUUGUUCAGGCUGUUAAAAUAUAUUUGUCUCUUUAGCAGAAAUGUGUUCUUUAACACUGACUGAGGCCGCGUCUACACUACCACUGAUGUCGCUCAUGGGUGUGAAAAAACACACUCCUGAAUUACAUAAGUUUGAUUGUUAAAAAUGAUCCCAUGCACAGCGCCAUGUUGGUGGGCACGACAUAGCUUCCAUGCAUGUUGAGGUAGUUUUAUUAAGUCACCAGGAGAAUCUGUCCCGUUAGUGGCUACUCGAGCACUCUUACACCGAUUCAUUUCGUUGCAUUGGUACAGCUGUGCUGCUCUAAGCUCAUUAGUGUGUAAACAUGGCCUGAAUAACUAAGUUUAAUUUUCCACUCAGUCUUCUAAUAUACCCAUUUUGUUUUGUUAUCCAAGGCAACGAUUUUAGCGUACUGUGCAGUGUUACUAUUUACUGUGGAAUAAUUUGAAAAGGAAUGUUUUUGAUCUUUGUUUUUCUAAAUUGUUUAUUGAUCAUGUUUACUUUAAGCUUUUAUUUUUAAUAAACUCUAUGAAAACUAUGUUGUUUGUACAAAAUACCAUAAAUUAUUGCCUGUAUAUGAGAAAUAGAUUAUAUUAUUGAUUAUGGGGUUCGAGUUUCCGUUCACUUACAAUUGUACAAUCCCGUUGACUUCACUGAGGUUGAACAGGUGUGAGUGAAGGAAGAAUGUGUUCCAGCUUCCCAGCUAGUGCUGCAAACCUGAGAUUCACUCAGUUAUUUACCCAUUCUUGCCUUAUAAAAUGAUGGGUCUAGUGUUGACAGUAGGAUGUCUCAUCUCUAACUUCAAGGAGGCUACUCAUAGCCUAAAGUAUGACCAGAAAGAUCUUCACCAACACCAGGGAGCGGUGGAGGCAGCAAAACGUCAACAGCGCCUUCGCCAAGCUUAGGAAGCUCAUCCCCACCCACCCUCCAGACAAAAAACUGAGCAAGAACGAGACGCUCCGCUUGGCCAUGAGGUACAUCAACUUCCUCGUCAAGGUCUUGGGGGAGCAGGGUCUGCCUCAGACAGGAGUGACUGCCCGGGGGAGCAUACUGGGGCUAUUUCAACAAGCCCCACACCUGCAGAAUAUGGAGGAGCUGACUCUGAUUGAAGACUGUGGAGUCCCUUCUCCAGGCACAAGCAGCAACAUCCCAGAGUGCUGGUCAGAGACGUCGUCUCCCUAGCAGGCCGCGAGUGAUGCUGUCCUGGUAUUAGUUUGAUAGUCCCCUUUGCAUAACGUGUGGAAUGUUUGCCUCUGUACAGUAUUUAUCUAUUUAUAUCUAUUACUGUUGUAUUAAAUAUAUUUUAUUUGAAAGGAAAGGAGGUGGCAGGACAGGCUUGGCUGAAUAGAAAGUGGUGUUCAACCCUUGGGAAUCUGCAAGGACUCAUUGCUGUGAUGUCAGAUUCAUGGAAAAAAUCAAAGCCAAGGGGGGAUCAGCAUUACUUGAGCCCCUGUCGAACGCAGGCCAUAGAACUUCCGCCAGCAUUUAAGACUCCUCCAGUGAAAGAGAUCAUUCUUCCUUCCUAUAUAAGGAAGCAUUAUUGAGCCCUGUUGCUUGUGACUGCACUAACAUGUUUCACUUAGAAACUAUCCAGCCUGGGCUGACUGAUUCCAAGUGAUGGAGCAUUUCCACAUCCCUUGGUCAGCAGUUCCGAUGAGUAAUAACUCUCACAUCUGAUUUCUGUCCUGAAUGUUUCUAACAUGUAGCUUCCAUCCGUUGGAUCUUGGUCUGCUUGACGGAAGGGCUGUCUAACAUCAGAAUGCAACACAAAUGAGUAUAUAAAAACAGCCACCGGGAAGCGAAAUGCCAGCCUAUGCUAAAAGAAGAAAUGUGGUGGGGUAAGUUUCAGCAGGUGCAGUGGAUAGAAGGCAUCGGCAAAUCCACCCCCAAUGGUGUGAGCACUGGGGGGGAAACGAGCUGGUUUCUUUCUGGCUCAAUGCAAAACCUACAGGGAGGCUGCUCCUCCCCUCUCCCAUUGCAGGUUUUAAAGGGCCAGGAGACAAUCUUAUGAACAUGAAUCCCCUGGUCCCGCAAAGGUCCCCUUUGCACAAAUGUCUAGGCAGAUUCCACAACACCGGCUGUUCCAAACAAGAGCAGAAAGCAGGGAAUCUGUGGAGCUGUUGCUAACCAGAAUCCAAGGCCCACGUGAGCCCAGCUUUGGCAGCAUACAUGUGUGCUCAUUUGGCUCACGGGCAGAAUUAGGUCUCCUGUGAUUGUCACAAUAGGAGACCCAUGCGUAUCUCUGCCUGAAUGUGUGAGGUUGUAGUUAUUUCAUAGCUGUGUGCGUUGUCAACCAGGGCCAACAGGAUGGAAGGGACUACACCUAGCCUGUGUAUGUGCUGUGGGCUGCCUUUAAAGCCUAUGGAUUUUGCCUUUGAUAAUUAGAUGGCUUUUCCUUGCUGUGAGAUUGAGCCCAAGCUCAGGAGAGUAAAUGGAAAAAUGUAUGUAGAAAGUAUUUGCAUUGAGGUCAGUGGGUUUCAGAGCAGGCCCCUAUUACCUGUACCAAUUACUGUAAGGCAGCAGUUCUCAAACUAUGGGGCAGGCCUCCCAAGGGGGGGCAUGGGAAUGUGUCAAGGAAGGUGCAAGCUCUAUGUGUGGGGAGGGGUUCAGUGAUCUGGCUGUUGGCACCAGGUGGCUGAGGCUCCUGCAGAAUGGUUGUGCACACCCAGGGGCUGGAGAUAAAGAGGACAGAUGGAGCCCAGUCACCCCGGGCUGAUAGCCAGACCCGCACCGUUCAGGGUCUCCUCCAUCUGGAUCCCUCACCCGGAGGCAGAAGGGUUCUGUCAGCCAAGGGGGUGGCAGCAGCAGAGCACAAAUAAAAGUCUGUUGUGAAAAACAAUAUUGAUGUACACAACGUUUCACAUUGCCACUCUCACUUCUGUGCUGCUGCUGGUGUGUAGAGCUGGGCACCUGGCCAGCAGCUGCUGCUCUCUGCUGCCGUCAGAACUGAGCACUUGGCCAGCAGCCGUGGCUUUUCACUCUGCUUCAGAGCCGGGGGGGGUCAGUAUGUGUAUUUGUGGGGACAUAAAUGUUUAUAUUUGCAGAGAAGGGGGAGACUGAUCAAAUAAGUUGGAGAACUACUGCUUUAGGGAACAACUAAAUUACACAGCAGAUACUGAGGUAAUAAUUAAGUAUUGAAGGAUUUUUCAGGCUUUGAAGCAUGACGGUGUGGAGUAGAAGAGCAAUUGCACUAUAGAAUGUUGUAGAAGUGUUGGAUUUACCCUCCUGUGUCAGCAAAGAUCUGGACAGCUCAUCGGUGUUAAAAAAAUCACCUGGAACAGCAGAUAGAAAGUCUAGGGAUUCGAAUGUAAAAGGUUUCUGGGUCAAAUCCUGCUCCUACUGCGGUCAAUAACAAAACGCCCAUUGAGUUCAUGGUGGCUCACGCUUACCUGAGUCUGUAGUACAUUCAUUACAGUUCAACAAGUGUAAGUGAUCCAUGCUCUGUCAGAUUGCCUUGGCUGCUUCUGCCUCCUUCUCAGAAAAUGAGCCACCUCUAGAAACUGUAGUUAGAGCUUUGAGUAGCACAGGAAAUCUGCCAUCAGAAUCACACAAAGUAAGCAAAUACUCCACAUGCCCUAUAUAUUCAUCUGUCUGAAAGGAGCUGACAAGGAAUCAAAGUUGGCCUAGUUGGGCAUGAUUUUUGCCGAUUUGAACUCUUCCGAAGACUAAUUUUUGCCAAAAACAUUUCUUCUAUGGCUCUGGGAUUGCGGAUGUAAAGCACAGUGGAGCUACGAGACACAUUUGAAAUGUGGACAAAAAUAGCUGGUAAUCUUUGUGAACAAUUUAAUUAAAUUUUUAAAGAGCUCUGGUUUGCUGCCUAGUUACUCCUAGAUUUUAGCACUUUGAGGACAUGAAAUAAGUGAAAAUACUGAAGAACAUCAGAGUGGAAAUACACCAAGAGUCUUUAUUAUAAUCUGGGAAGUUCAUACUUUAUCCUUUCCUAGCUCCACUUCAUUGUUGCUAAAUGAAUUGAUAUUGUCUAUUCUAGGCGUAGUCUCACAUUUAAUCAACCAGCUUCUCAGCCUCGGUAUUUGUUGACUUAAAUGGAGUUAUACCAAGGAUAAAUUUGGCCAAAUAGGUGCAAACAUUUACGUGUGAGGCAUAUUGGUACUGUCUUUCCAAUAGCCAAUUGCUACCACUGGAAAUGUUUUCCCAUCAGCAAAGCAAGUCAAAACCGAUCCAUCCUUUUGAGCAGAGUAUUGUCAAGGAAGGGGAAGAAAGCCUAGCAAGUAUGUAAUGUGAAAUGCUUGUUAUUUAUAUAUUUAAAACUUUUCUUAUUCUUGGUUCACAUGUUUUUGUUCUGUUUUCAUUUAGGAUCUGCCUAUUCUGAGGUACAGCAUGUGUGUGACUAGAUUUAUCUACCAAAGAUUUUUUUUGUCAGGACUUCUUUUGUGUUUUUUGUGAUUUCUUAUCUGUAUGUCUGUGAACAAAUAUGAUGUAAUUGAUUACAA